CCGCUGGCAACCUGACGGCUGGGUCCAGGCCCUUGUUUCCGGGCCCGCCCCAUGACUUUUUUGUCUCCGCUGUUUGGCCCAGGGGAAGGUUAUUAAAACACAUGGGCCGCUGCCAUCUCUUGCUCCCUUCUGGCUUGGAAAGACGAUGUUUUGAACUUCUGACCUCUUCCAGGGCCACCAGCCCCACGCCAACCGCCGCUCCCGCCUGCUCCCUCCCCCGGUCUACGCCGCCGCAACAGAUGACGACAUCACCGGGUGCCCUACCAUGAAGAGUCCCCAACGUUUUUACGCCCUUGUUGGGCUGUGUCUCUUGAUAUUCGUCAACACGGUCGCCGCCGGCGCGAAGCAAGUCUCGCUGGAGCAUGAGCUCCUCGCGCUACCACCAUGCGCGUUGCCCUGCGUCGUGGACGCAAUCCGGGACGCCAAGUGUUCCGCACACGACAACGAAUGCAUAUGCUCGUCGGCGAGGUUCGACAAAGAGGCCCACUUUUGCGUUCGCACCCAUUGCGCCCCGAGGGAGACUCUCGCGGCCAAAAACAUUACGUAUCAAUGGUGCGACCAUCCCAAUGAGGGAGACCGGACGCUUCUCCCCGCCUUUUCUAUCUUUUUGGGUCUCGCCAUUGCCGCCGUGGCUCUGCGGUUGGUAGCCCGAGUGGUGACGGAGGCCUGGUUCUGGUGGGAUGAUUUGUGCAACUUUUUCGCCAUUGCUGGGUGUGCUGCGUACACGGGGUUGUACAUCGAGGCGGUCCACUUUGGGAUGGGAAAAGACAUCUGGUUCGUACCGUUUGACAACAUCACCAAGAUCAUGCAGACGUACUUUGCCACCAUGUUGACGUAUGUGACGACUCGAUUCUUCAUCCGCGCCUCCAUCAUCCUCUUUUACCUGCGAGUCUUUCCCGCGCAGUCCAACUUUAGGCUGGGCAAGGUGGUUGUCUGGACGGGCGUGUUCAACAUUAUUUACACUAUCGCCUUCUUCUUCGCCUCUUUGUUUCAGUGCCAACCGAUAUCAGCGUUUUGGACGGCGUGGGAGGGCGUUGGGAAGGAUCAGUGCGUCAACCUCAACGCGAUGGCUUGGUCGGCGGCGGCGACGGGGAUAGCGUUUGAUUUAUGGCUGCUGGCUUUGCCGUUUCCGCAGCUGCUGUCGCUUAAUCUGCACUGGAAGAAGAAGUUGAUGGGGUCGAUGAUGUUUCUUGUGGGCGCAGCUGUGAUUGUCAUCAGCUUGAUCCGGCUCAAGACUAUCAACGCAACCACCCGGGCUGUCAACCCUACUAAGGAUACGGUGGACCUCUCCCUGUGGAGUGGCAUCGAAAUCGACGUGGGCGUUAUCUGUCCCUGCCUGCCUAGCUUCCGACUCCUCCUGCGAAAGGUCCUACCGCGCCUGAUGGGAGAGUCUACAAGGUCGUACGAGCUUGACCCGAUCUCCAAGGGGGAAGGAGGCGUGACGGUGACGACCAAGAUCUCGGCCCAUAUUGAGCCGUCGGGGAAUAAUGGGAUAUUCUUGCGGCCGCACAAGGACUCGAACACGGGGAGGAGCUGUGAGAGUGUUACUGGACUGGUGGAGCUGUCGGAUGAGGAGAGUAACCAUGGUCGGCAGAAGGCGUAAUAAUACAGAUGGAGAAGAGGGUUUGAUUAUUUUGUCAUGGAUGGAAGCAUAGAUUCUGGUCGAUUUGAUGUUGCUCCUAUGUUUUAAACUGUGAUCAAGAUGUCCUGGGUGGGUUGCAAACCCCAAUGGAUAGUUGGAAGCAAUGAUCUGAGAGAUAUAUCACAACUUGCAUGAAUCAGUGAUAAGUUGCUGGUGUUUCUUGAGAUCUUUGUUCGUUUUGUCAAGCCCCUUUCUUGGGGGCCCCGCUAUUUGUUACUCUUUGUUGCUAGGGCAACCC